UCAAUUUGAUAGUAAUAUUGGUCAAGCAGCUCAAUUAUUUAAUGAAUAUCAUUGAAUAAUUUAGGAUAGAAUCAAUGAUUUACCUAUUAAUAAUUAUGUUCUACACAAUAGAGUAUAUUAAUAACUAAUAAGUUAUACAAUUUAAUGAUCGUGACUGUGAGAAAACCUUGAUUGAAACAAUGCCCGGUUUUUGUGCUCUAAAAGUACUGGAAUUGUGAAAUAAAAUAAGAUCUACGUGUCGUAACUCGAUAUAUAAUUUUUCAAGCAGCCUACUAAUAUUAGGAUUUCAUUACUUAUAGCUCAGACAAAAUUAGCACAGUAGCUACUCAGAACAUGUCGUGGAUUAAUGAAAAUUGUGUCUCAUUUUUUCAACUUUUUUGUAUAAAAGUUGUAAAAACUGGAAGAGUACCUCAGCAUAUUGCCUUCAUCAUGGACGGAAACCGGCGUUAUGCUAAGAAGCAAAGUGUUAAUUGUAGUGCAGGACACAGUAAAGGAUUUGAUAAAUUAUCUGAGACUUUAAAGUGGUGUCUAGAUCUUGGUGUAUCAGAAGUGACUGUCUAUGCCUUUAGUAUUGAGAACUUCAAGAGAAGCACAGAGGAAGUGACAGCUUUGUUUGAUUUAGCUCGUGAUAAAUUUAACAGAUUAUUAGAUGAGAUUGAUCAAAUCAAUGAGUGGGGAGUGAGAUUGCACAUAGCAGGGAACCUAUCACUACUGCCAGAGGACUUGCAAGUGCUGGUCUCCAAAGCAAUGGUGGCAACGAGAAAAAAUAAUAAACUUCGUUUAAAUAUUGCAUAUGCAUACACAGCUAGGGACGAAAUUACAAGAGGAGCAUCAGAUUUGAUCAAGAGUGUCAAAGCUAAUGAAUUGAAUCCAUUGGACAUAAAUGAAGAUUUAGUUUCACAGACUUUGGAUUUAGGAACUCCUGAACUACUUAUUAGGACAUCAGGAGAGGUUCGGCUCUCUGAUUUCAUGUUGUGGCAGAUAUCUAAUACGGUGCUAUAUUUUACUGACGUAUUGUGGCCAGAGUUUAGCAUCUGGAACCUUUUAGCAGCUAUAAUUCACUUCCAACGACAUCCACCGCUAUUAAAGAAAACAGAAGAAUUCACUCCCAGCCAGCAAGAGUUCCUUAAAAAAUUGGAAAGUAAAAGAUGGCAGGAGUUACAAAGAAUUAUUAAAACGUGAUUAUAAAAUGUUAUUCUCAAACUCAGGAAUGAAUACUAUUCCUGAGUUUGAGAAGAGCUCAUUGAGAAAAAUAAACAUACAUCGGGUUGGGAGAGUUGUAAUUUGUAAAUACUAGAUACCUAUAUUUUAUUAUACAGUAAUGUUUUAUGCCAGUUAUACAUUAAAUUAUACAAUAAUGUCAGUUCUUAAAAAAUAAAAACAGUGGAGAACCAUUGCAAUAAACAAAGUGUUUGCUUUUCAAAGUU